GAAUUAUUAUAUUAGAGGAGUACAAGAGGAAACAGCCACUUAAGUGCAGGAAUAGUUGCUUCGCUUAAUUUGUGUGGGUUUCACUUUGUAUAGUGUUAUGCAAACAUGGUAGCUAGUUUUUACUGACAAAAUGUAAACAAUUUCAUUUUUGUUUUUAUUAUCGCUGCCAUUCAUAGCCAAGAAGGACGAACGACAAGAAGACAGCAUCAGUCAUUGGUCAUGAUUAUCAUCGUUAUCUUAUUACUGUGUUUGUCAACAUUUACAGAGACUAAUAAGGUAGUCAAUUUAUUAGCAUUGGUCCCAUGGCCUGAUGAUAGGGAGUCUGCCGGUUGGGAUACUGGUAAAGUAUUGCUCCCAGCCGGUCGUGUAGCAGUAAAGCAUGUCAACAAUCACAAGUACAUUCUACCUGGCUACUCACUGAGACUGAUAGAGGAUGGUCAUGAAGCUUGUGGAUUGACUGAGGCUAGUAAAACAAUAAUCAAUUUUGUUAGAUUUGCCUCUUCUCCUCCACACAACACUGUGGCAGCUGUACUAGGACUCUACUGCUCUACAAGCUCAAUAGUCUUAGCUCAGCUAAAGGAGCCAGUCGUGUUGAAAUUAUCGGCUUCAAACUCGCCAGUUUUCAAAACACAUUCAUAUCCAAAUUUUUGGAGAUUCCUUGUGUCAGCUGGGAUUUAUGGAGACAUGAUGAUUGGGCUCAUGAACAAAUUUGAUUGGAAAAGAAUUGCGAUUGUUCAGGACCUUGAAACAACCUUUCAUUCAGCCAUCGCAGAGGAGCUGGCAAAGAAGAUUCUAGCUACAAGUGGAGAGAAGGAAGUUGUUUAUCAUUGUGGCAUGGUCCAUACUGUUGAUCAGUUUGCUAAUGAUUGUAUUAAUGGGAUCAUUGACAGAAAAGCUAGGAUAAUAUUUGUCUCAGCCACUGGACCUCAAACAGCAAAGAUCCUUUGCUUGGCAGGGCAAAGGGACAUGAGUUAUCCAUUUUUCCUGUGGAUCAUCAUCGAUUUCCUUGUAUCGUCAAUAAUAGAUGAGGCUGGACACAUAGAAGACUGUGAUCUGAGUUCCCUGCAUUAUAUACUAGAGAACUCACUUGUAGCUUAUUUUAGUUUGGAAAACACUAAUGAUUUGGAUAGUUCAUUUAAUGUGAGUAUUGAUGACUACCUCACAGCUUAUAGAAAUGAAUUAGAAGCUGAUAAUAUAACAAACCCAUUGAAGCACGAUGAGCUAUACGCUGGCUUGCUAUAUGACCAAGUAUGGGCUAUAGCAUUAGCUCUAAACAGUUCAAUAUCUAAACUGGAAGGAAUGAACAUUAGCAUUGAUACCAUUGGCUUUAACCAGCCCCAUGUGACACAGAUAGUCGAAGAGUCUCUCUCUCGUAUUAGUUUUCAUGGAGUUACUGGACACAUUAGAUUUACAUCAGAUAACGAAGUGGCUGGCUCAGUUCACAUCUAUCAAGUAUCCAACAGUCUUGAAGGAUUGCUCUGUCAUUAUGAAUUCCAACCACUCACCAACAACUACUCUUUUGUUAAUUGUCAAUUAUCAUUCAGUGAAGAAUUUGAUGAUGACAUACCAAUUCAGCUAUUGCUCUUAGAGGCGCCAAUCGUAAUAAGCAUGUUUACAGGUACAUGCAUUCUGAUCAUAUUUAUAACAAUUAUACUACUACUGAUGGCUAAGUGUAAGAAUGAGCCAGAGAUUAAGGCAUUCAGUUUUUCAAUGAACAUAUUGAUAUUUCUCAGUUGCUAUGUACUGUGUGGUACUCAGCUCCUUUCUACAGUGAUGGCUGGUGUUAACAUUCAGUCAGAACUAGCCUAUUCCGUCAUAUGCAAUAUUCAAGUCAUAGGAACGUACAGUAGCAUUUGUCUUGUAUUUGUGACUCUUUUCAUGCAAUUGUUUCGCAUCAAUAGGAUAUUCCAUAACAAGAGAUUGAGUCAUCUCAGUUGUCUAUACAAUAACAGGGUCUUGUUUAUCAUCACUUUGCUCCUUCAAAUAUUACCAGUCGUACUUCAGAUCGUAUUUGUGGCCGUCAUUCCUUUCAAGUUGCAAUUGAGUGAGUCUUAUGAAGUGGUCGGGUCUAAGACAACACUUAUUAGACAGCGUUGCUGUGAGAUUGAUUCCAGCACCAAAAACCAGCUAAUAUUUCGAUUCAUAUUCACGCUCUACGAGUUUGUCUUCCUCGUACUAAACACAAUCUUAGCAUCGAAAACAAGCACCAUCUCGCACAGGCAGUUUCGUAAUGCAAAGACGGUUAAUGUAUUUAUGGCUAGUGUCAUUAUAGUCCAGGCUACAUCAUUAUCAGCUCUGUAUGUGUUAAAGCAAGGAUCCAGUAGUGCCAUGCGUUAUGCUGAGCUAAUAGUGUAUAUAGAUUCCUACCUUGUUACUCUUCUCUGUCAGGCUUUGCUGUUUAUGCCAAAGAUAUUAUCAGUUAUUAGCAGAAAGUCUAAACAGUCAUUGCAAAGUAAACACGUAUAGUAGCUAUUAUGAUAUUGUGUGGUGUGGGUUUCCUCAUUACUCCUGAUAUAUGAUGUUUUUGACAGUUUUUGUUGUUUUAAAAAUUGUGUAUCUAAUCCUACUAUUGAUUAUCUUACAGUUGCUGUUCAUCCCACUGACUGAUUGUUAUUUUAUCUUGUAAACUGAA